UUGCAGUGGGAGGAAGGAAUCAAACCCCCAAGAUGGCGGCGGCGUCGGAGGAGCGGAUGGCUGAGGAAGGAGGCGGUGGCCACGGCGACGGCGGCUCCCCUUCGGCCAUCGGCUCUACCCAGCGACUGCCCCCACCUCCCCCGCCCCAGCCCCCGCAGCCGGGGUCCCAGGCUCCCCCGGCCCCGGCGCUGGCUCCGGACCAGCUGCCUCAAAACAACACGCUCGUGGCGCUGCCCAUCGUAGCCAUCGAAAACAUCCUCAGCUUUAUGUCCUACGACGAAAUUAGCCAGCUCCGCCUGGUUUGUAAAAGAAUGGACUUGGUCUGCCAGAGAAUGUUGAAUCAGGGAUUUCUAAAAGUGGAGAGGUACCAUAAUCUAUGUCAGAAACAAGUUAAAGCACAACUCCCAAGGAGAGAGUCAGAAAGGAGAAACCAUUCAUUAGCUCGUCAUGCAGACAUCCUCGCUGCUGUUGAAACAAGGCUGUCUCUCUUAAAUAUGACUUUCAUGAAGUAUGUGGACUCCAAUCUCUGUUGCUUCAUCCCAGGAAAGGUGAUUGAUGAGAUUUAUCGUGUGUUGAGAUAUGUCAAUUCUACCAGAGCCCCUCAGCGAGCUCAUGAAGUACUUCAAGAGUUAAGGGAUAUUUCCUCCAUGGCAAUGGAAUACUUUGAUGAAAAGAUUGUUCCAAUUCUAAAGAGGAAAUUACCAGGAUCAGAUGUAUCUGGAAGACUCAUGGGCUCUCCUCCAGUUCCAGGACCUUCUGCAGCCCUGACAACAAUGCAGCUCUUCUCCAAGCAAAACCCUUCAAGACAAGAGGUUACCAAACUCCAGCAGCAGGUUAAGACAAAUGGUGCUGGGGUGACUGUUCUCAGGCGUGAAAUUUCUGAGCUUCGCACCAAAGUGCAAGAACAGCAGAAACAGCUUCAAGACCAGGACCAGAAACUGCUAGAGCAGACCCAGAUCAUAGGUGAACAGAACGCACGGUUGGCAGAGCUGGAACGCAAGCUGCGAGAAGUCAUGGAAAGUGCAGUAGGAGACUCCUCAGGGUCUGGGCAGAAUGAAGAGUCUCCUCGGAAACGCAAAAAGGCCGCAGAAGCCAUAGACUCUCUUAGGAAAUCUAAACGUCUCCGGAAUAGAAAGUAAACCAGAAUGCGCUUCUAGCUCCAGAGGAAGCCCUGACUUCGUAGCUUGAGCAGUUCUGCAUAUCAGGACGCUGUGAGCAACGUGGUGUCCCUUAGCUCUAGGCUUUCAGAACACAACGUAAACUUGAACUCUCAUGGUUGGGACAGUCUUUCCCGCUUCUCCUGGUUGAACUGAUGCACAGAAUCCUUUUAUUUUGCAAUAGAUUUGUACUAACCAGACCUAUCCUAUCAUGUUUUGAGAAGUUAACUUUAUUUCUGUGCAGAUAAUGUUUAAAGCAAGUUUAUUUGUUUCUGCAUAUAUGCACAUUACAUAAGGAUCUUAAACCAGUCUUGACAGACUAGAAGUUAAGUUUAAUACAUAAAAUGUCCUGUUCACUUGAAAGAAAAGACCUACUUUUUAAAUGGACAGUAUCUUGUUUUUAAAAAAAAAGUUGACUUUUUGUUAUAAGUGACCUUUGUCUGGAAUGUCUGAGAAGUAGUAAAUGCUUUUUGGUAUUGAAGUAAUGGGUAACUAAAAUGGACUUCCAUAGUAUUGGCUGUAGAAGGGGCCUCUACAGUAUUGACUAUAUAUUUUUAUAAACUACUGGCAAGGGACUUACCCAGUUGUUAUAUACAUGUUUUCGGUUCACUUUUGGGGCCAUGUCCUACAUUUGCAUGGAUGGAUGCAUGCAUUGCCUAGGCAACUCACUUAAAAAGCUCUUGCACUGGUAUUUAUCUUGAACCUCUAUACUUCUCCACUUUUUAGAGCAGCGUCUUAGUUCAUUUAAGCGCUUAACAUCUUCCACCACAACAGCUUGCCUCUGGGGGCGGGGUGGUAUUUGUAUGUCCAUUUGUCCUCCAGUUUUACAAGAGUAAGAGAGUAUUAAAGCCCAUUGCUUUAUCUGUUCUCUCUAGGGUUCAGGUACACUGGCUAAGGCAGAACCAACCCCAAAUUCUUUACAUUGAUGUCAGACUUCUGGCAACUAGUACUCUUCCUUACUUACUCAUCACUGUGUAUGCUUAUUGAUCAAAUGUGGUCAUGACCAGUGGUAUAAGUAGGGAACCCAACCUGUGGGAUGCAGUUUUGCCAUUGAAAGAAAGUUCAGUGAAGAAAAUUAUACUAUGAAAAAGCAUUUUGAUCGUUUCAUUUCUGGGGAAUGACCUGAGGGAAGCUUUUUAAUAUUAAUUUCAAGCUUUCCUUAUCCUGCAACUUUAAACAAAAGCUUUAAUUUCGUUUGCACUCCUGUUUUGAGCUUGUAACUGGAAAAGCAUGUCUUGCACUGUUCAACCUUCUAAGUGGUCACUUUAACAACCUCCAAAUUGUGUACAGUGGUUAUUUUCCCCAGUUGUAUAUUUUUGAAACAGUCAACUAUUACUGUCCUAGUUUUAUUUUAAUGUACUAAAUUAUGUAGUCAUUAUUUGCCUGUUAAGUUCUUUUAAACAACUGUUGCCUUGGGCUUCAGUUAUUUAAGGUAAACUUAGGUGUAGUAUAGAAUACUAUCCCUUUCCAGGUGGGAGUUUGACACCUGUAUAAAACCUAAGGUUUUGGUAAGUACCUUAGUUGAAUAAAAGCACAAGGUCACUACCUUUUUUUAUCUGUCCAACAUGACAUGGUUAUGCAUCCUUGAGAUUAAUCUCACCAAAUGAAACUUUUUCUUAUCAAUUUUUAACAUUGUCCUUACAUAAUAUUGUCCUUAGAUUUUGAUCAAUUCUUUGUCUAACUUUGAAACUCCAUUUACAAUGUAGUAUGUUUUCAAUGAAAAACCAUAAAAUAACAUCCAAGUGUUUCAUGGUUUGUUGGGAAGGUAAUUUUAAAAUAAACAAUUUCCAAAAAACAUUUGUCAGCCAAGGUCAUCCAUAAAAGUCCCUGUCUGGAACUCAUUUUCUCAGCAGGUCUCAUUUGUUUAAUCAUAGGAUUUAGCCAUAUUGUCACAACUUUGGAGGAGGCCUACUGGAAUACUCAUGGCCUUUAAUAGUCUGCUUUCCUGGUAAUAGGAAGACUUUUAAGUAACAGAGUACAUGUUUACAGGCUUACAAAGGGAUACAACCUCAGAUGAUCUUUUUAAUAGUUGUUAAUGAAUUAUUUAAAGUUCCCUGGGUCUCUUUUUAAACUACAUCUGGACACCCUAAAUGUAUCUGUAGUCUUAGUUAACAUGAGUAUUUGGCUUCCAUAAUAAGCACUCACUAUUAAAAGAUAGAUUUUCUGUUUCAGAAUCCAAAUUUCUACAGUAUACACUUGUAGUCAUCUGCCCAUAAGGUUAAUGAGUUGCACUUGUUAAUGCACGAAUGUGGCAUAACAGUAGGAGAUAAAGCACUACAGUUCAGUUUGUUUUAAGUCUUAAAUCUUAACUAGCUAAAACAUGUUAGGAUGUUGCCUUGGCCCAUUUGAUAGCUGUUACACUUGCAUUUGGGUAGUAUAACGGUAUUUAAGUUUCAACAAGUCACAAAAUAUUUCCUUCACCUAAAACUGACAUAUGUUACAGGAAAAUUGUAAAUUAGCCUCCCAAGAGAGAAACCAUCCUGCCCUGGAUUGUAGGUCAGUAAUUUAAAUGCUGUAUGUUAGUAUUGUGUUGUCCUAGAACAACAUUUUAUAUAAAGUAUUCCUGUCAUCUUCCUUGGCUGUCUUUCAGAGGAGAUUUCCCUAAUAAGUCAUCCCACUUACAAACUGAUUAUGGUACAAUACUAUAAACAGAUACACUGUGGAAGGGCCUAUGUAAGAAAUGGAGAGGACUGCCUCCUGCUCACCCCCAACAGGAUUCUCAGCUUAUCUCCCACGUGGACUUGGCUUGGUUUUCACAUAUUCUGAAUUAUAUAUUAUUUUAGAACAUGAGGAUAUAGAACCUGUUUUUUUGUUUGUUUGUUUUGAGCUCCUCUUGAUGUACAGAGCCUGGAAAUAAUGGGGCAAACACAAAUGUAAUCAGAGUAAUCAUACUGUUUUAAAAACUUGGGGUGCCAUCAGGUCUAAAGCCACUGGUUUUGGAAGCAACUUUUUUUUGUAAAACGUGUUUUUGGAGUACUGAACUUCACAGGGGCUUGCCUUAAUCUCUAUUUAGUAGUUUCAAAUGUAUGCGCUAUUAUUCUACUUGUUAAAAUGUUAAAAUAUUCUAUGUAGCCCCUAAGGUGGGUAGAACAGAGUAUAAGUAAUGCCUAAAUAAAUAAGCUAAAAGGUG